AUGAACGCUCUGAAGACGGCGAACGAUAAGCUGGUCGAAAAGGGCAUAGUUACGAGCAACGAGAAGAUGAGUAUCCACUUUCUCGUCGAUGUGGAGGAGGAGAACCUUGCUGGUGGGGCGGAAAUGACCGAUCAGGAGAUUGUGGACCUGGUCAUUGCCGAAGAGUUGAAAGAGAAUUGCGAGGAAGAAGGAGGAGAGGAGGAAGGGGAGAUAGAGCUCCGACCGGCGGAGCGAACGACGCUGCAGGAGGCAAUCUCAGCGCUUGAUGUUUUCCUUAGGUUUGCUAUGAAUGAAUACUCAGGUCCAACGGAUUUGAUUUCUUUUGAGGACGAGGCUAGGAGGAUUCGCAGGACUCUUGUUGCCGAGCAGGAUGCCGCGAGGAUUCAGACGACAAUGACUUCGUAUUUCCAGCGUCAGUAG